AUGUAUGAAGAAAAGAUAAUUCCUUUAUAUUAUUCAAUUCCGUUUUUUAUUAUCGUAAUUUUUUACUUACCAAUAAUUUACGAUGGCACAUUGUUUACACUUGAACAGACGAUACCAGUUGCUACAUAUAUUUUACUUAUAUGGGAAAUUUUCCUAAAUUAUUCCUUCUACGCCGCUGUAAUGUCAAUGCCACGCUUUUGGAUAGUUUAUAUAUGCUGGGCUUGGAGGAUUUUUAUUCUUUUCGAGCCUUUUGCUUUUUGGUCGACAUUACAAUCCUUUAUCUCUCCAUUUAGAGCAUUUACAUUCACGCAAGGUUCAAGAUCAUUGAUUGUUAUAUACAUGUUACACUUUGAAUUCUUCAUGUACGCGUAUUGCGCAAUAUGGUAUGCAGAAAAGACAAUAAUCAACAGAAUUAUCAUAUAUUUCUUAUCUGCUUAUUUCGUUAUAUUCCUUUGCAUUGAAAUUUUCUCGCCAGGAUUCCCUUAUACUCACAAGGUCAAAUCAAUUUCAACAGCUCGCAUCAGACAGUCAACAAUGACUCCGGCUGUUAUUUAA